UAAACCUCCGUGCAGCAGCAGAACGAUUUCAGUGUGAAUCCGGACUGAUGAGCAGCAGCAGCAGCAGCUUCAUCUCCGCCCGCCGCUCUUUAUCUCCCGCUGCUCCUGUUCAUAAAACAAACCGUGCACCGUCACUGAUGGACAGGUAGGACGAGGCUGAAGCUCCACCCACCGCAACAGGUCGAGGAGGAGACACGAGCAGGAGGAGGUGGUGAAUCUGAUGGUCUGCAGAUCUGCAGUCUGGAUGCGACAGAGUGAAGAAGAGACAACAUGAUGCCGAUUUUCCUCACAGUUUUUCUCAGUAACAAAGAUCGUCGUCUCGUCACUGAAGUUCCCGUCAUGCCUGAGACUCUGUGCAGAGACGUGGUGGAGUUCUGUAAGGAGCCAGGAGAGGGCGACUGUUACCUGUCUGAGAUGUGGAGAGGCUCAGAUCGAGUUGUUGGAGAAGGUGAGCGGAUGAUGGAGGUGUUACUGCAGUGGGGGCAGCAGAGAGGGGAGGUGCGUUACCUCCUUCACCACCAGAGGGCGCCAGGACGCGAGGCAGGUGGAUCCAGAGGUCACAUGACCAAGAGGAACCAGGUGAAAGCUGCUGCAGACAGGUGUUUGGAGAACGGGGUGUCCCUCAGUGAGUUACAGGAACUAGCGUCUCGUCAGCAGCAGGACAUCGAUGCUCAGCAGCAGCUUCUGGCCUCUAAGGAGCAGCGUCUGCGGUGCCUGAAGCUGCAGGAUCAUCAUCAUCAGCAGCAGCAGCAGCAGCAGCAGCAGCAGCAGCAGCAGCAGCAGCAGCAGCAGCAGGAAGUGUGUGAACAGGAGCGACUGCAGCAGCUCAGAGAAAACGCUGUGAAUCAGGAGGCAAAGCUGCGGCGUGUGCGGGCUCUCAGGGGCCAAGUGGAGCAGAAACGUCUGAGCAACAGCAAACUGGUGGAGGAGAUCGAGCAGAUGACCGGUUUGUUCCAGCAGAAGCAGAGGGAGUUGCUGGUUGCCGUUGCGAGGGUGGAGCAGCUGAGCGACCAGCUGGAGGUGCUGAGGAGCAACAGGAGAGAGGCUCCUCCCCCUCCUCACCACCACACCUCCUCCUCCACAGCAGAGCUGGAGCGUCUCUGUAAGGAGCUGCAGCUGAGGAAUAAGCUGAACCAGGACCAGAGCUCCAGGCUGCAGCAGCAGAGAGACAGUCUGAACAAGAGGAACCUGGAGGUGGCCACGAUGGACCGGCGGCUCGCUGAGCUCAGGCAGCGUCUUUGGAAGAAGAAGAUUGUCCUGCAGCAGAAGGAGAACCUGCCCGUGGUGUCAGAAGGCCCCGCCCUUCAGCAUGGCGUAGGCUCCAGAGUGGCCGCGGUGGGGCCGUACAUCCAAUCGUCUCAGGGGCCUCCGGUCGCGCCUCGCCAAGAGGUUCUGGUGAAGCCAUCGUACCCAGACGGCACCGCCACAUUACCAAUGCCUGACUCGGCUCUGAAGCCGCCGCCCAGACCCGCCAAACCUGCCUCAGGUUUCAGCUCCUCAAAGAUCAAACUCUCUGACUGGAACAGUCCACUUCCUCCUGACUCCAGUGGUGGUUAUAGCCACGCCUCCACGCUGCCGCGCAUGUCCAAUAUCAGCCGACGCAACUCAGGUGGUGAGACGCUCACAGAUCAGAAGGGUGUCCCUGGGUCCGACAUCCCACCCCCUGUCCCUGCACGGACCAAUCACAACACUGACAGCCUGCUCAGGGACAAUCAGGCCUCAAGUAAAGGUCUUUCCAAGAUGGCGGUGCCACCUCCAGUUCCCAGUAAGCCCAAACCCUUCUCCUUGUCAGGCCCGCCCACCUUUUCCAAGCCCGCUUACAGCACCGGGACCUUCCCUGGUAAGGCGCAGUCGGUCGGUGCUCACCUCCGCACUCCAGGUGUCGUCUCCAGCCACUGCAACACACUCCCUCUACCCAACAAGCAGGAUAGCCCGCCAGCCGCCGCCGUCCGACCUUACACCCCUGACCUCUCAGACGGGCUCCACCCCCAUGUUCUGCAGAAACCUCAGACUGUCACUGCGUCUUCCAUCUACUCCAUGUACACCCAGGGGAAAGGCUACCAGCCGAGCAGUCAGGGAACGCUGCCUCGCAGUCAGCCUCGAGUGUAUGGGAAACCAAUCCUCCCAGCCAGCGGGGGGCAGCAGUCUGUUGCCUCAGACAUUGCUACUGUAAACUCUGGUUCCACUCUGUGUGAUGGGAGCGAGGUUGACAACAGUUGCCUUGGCAACAGUGAAGGCAUCGGAGGAGAGACGGCAGACCGUGCCACCCCGCGACCGCUCAGUCCCACCAAGCUCCUCCCCUUCCUGUCCAACCCUCACAGGAACCCCAGCGAUGCUGAUCUGGAGGCUUUGCGUCGCCGGCUGCACCACGCCCCGCGGCCCCUGAAGAAACGCAGCUCCAUCACGGAGCCCGAGGGCCCGGGUGGACCCAACAUCCAGAAGCUGCUCUACCAGAAAACCACUCUGGCUGCCAUGGAAACCAUCCCCAUGGAGACGGUCGGGCCAGCGGGUUUGUACAUUCGGUCUGAGGUCCAUGAUGAGAAUUUGGGCAGGGUUGACUUGACGUCCAAGGUCGACGACACCACAGACUUGAACGGGCUGCUCACUGAUAGCCCAGAGGACUCCCUGACCCCGCCCCCUCUGCUGCCUCGUUCACCCAUCCCUGACCCCACCUCCUGUCGCUCUCUGUGCCAGUCCCUGGAGGACAAAGAGAAGGAGGAAGAAGAGGCGUGUCCAACCUUCAGACACAAGGACCUCUUUCUUGAGGAGUUCCCGCCGUACCCGCCACCACCGUACCCCUGUGCUGAAGAGGCGGAGCCAGGAGAUGACACCCUUAAUCUGCAGCCGCCAGAGGUCACAGGACAGGUCACAGUGCCGCCGGGUAAGAGGUCUAUCCUUCGUAAAGUGGGGUCAGACCGGAUCAACUGCGGGAUGCGGGUCAAGUUCAACCCUCUGGCCCUGCUGCUGGACUCGUCUCUGGAGGGCGAGUACGACCUCGUCCAGAGAGUCAUUUAUGAUGUGGAGGACCCGAGUCUGCCAAACGACGAGGGCAUCACCGCACUGCACAACGCAGUCUGCGCCGGUCACACAGAAAUCGUCAAGUUUCUGGUUCAGUUUGGGGUCAACAUUAACGCAGCGGACAGCGAUGGCUGGACUCCUCUUCACUGCGCGGCCUCCUGUAACAACGUUCAGGUUUGUAAGUUCCUGGUGGAAUCUGGAGCUGCUGUGUUCGCCACCACCUACAGUGACCUGCAAACAGCUGCCGACAAAUGUGAAGAAAUGGAGGACGGCUAUGCCCAGUGCUCCCAGUUCCUCUAUGGCGUUCAGGAGAAGAUGGGCCUGAUGAACCGCGGUGUGGUCUACGCCCUGUGGGACUACGAGCCUCAGAGCGGCGACGAGCUCGGCUUCAGCGUCGGUGACUGCAUGACGGUGCUGAGACGGGAGGACGAGGUGGAGGCGGAGUGGUGGUGGGCGAGAUGUGGCGACCACGAGGGCUACAUCCCCCGAAACCUGCUGGGGCUGUACCUGAGGAUCAAACCACGACAGAGGAGCCUCGCUUAAACACGACGGCAGCGGUGGACGAGAAUGAGGGCGGAGCUUUGGUUGUUUACGCCUGUGGACGCGAUGUUAGCGCUUAGUGGAGCAGCUUCUCCAUGUCAGCACAAAGUGUCGUAAACAGCCGACACAUAAGUGGAUUUUUCUUUUUUACACUUUUAUUUUGUGAUGUUGCUGAGUCAACUGUUUUUUUUUCAGUAUUUAAAGGAAUAGUCCAUGUUUUUUUUGCUGGGCUCGUUUUUUGUUCUGCAGCGUUAACUUGAGUUUGUUCCUGUUUUUCAUAUUUAUGUCAUUAAUGUUCCUGAAACCAAAAAUUUCAGUAUAAAGCACUUGAUUUAAAAGGA